AUGCCCAACGAUGUGACGUUGGCGGACCGGUCGCAGUCCUUCUUCCAGCAGGCAUCUGAAAGAUACCUGCGGCUGGGCCACGUCAACAGGUACUGCAAGUGCUGCCUCAGGGCUGCGGCAGUUCUGCAUUUGCAGGGCAGCAAGUCGGAGGCCGAGUACUACACGCAGCAGGCUUUGAACAAGCUCAGUGAUGCACCAGUCUCGUCCUUGCUGGCUAUCUGCUACCACAAUCUCGCUGUCCACACUGUGGUGCAGCAGCGGGUCGCGGAUGCCGUCGCACAUGUCAGGUCCUACGUCGCGCUCUUGCGGCAGCUGCCAAAGCUUGGCAACUCCUGGAUGCAGCUCCUGGACAACACCCAGUGGCUCAUCCUGAAGGCACAGGAGCUCUGGCCACAGCAUCAGCAGCAGAAUGGUAUCCGGGACUCCCAGCUGGUCUCCAUGCGAGGAUGA